CGUACUCCCGUCGGGAUCUCUGGUACCUAAACCGACAGGGGCCCCUUCGUCCGAACCCUUGCAUCCGCCUCUCCCAGCCGAACCUCCUAGACCACCUGAAGAGGCCGAGUCUGACCCCGGGAAAUCCAAAGAAGACUCGGCUCUCCCAACCGAACCUUCACAUCAACCCAGUCAAGCCCCCGGCCCCCCAAUCCCAGUCAUCAAUAGACUCCCAGGAUUCAAACAUCACCGAGAACACUCGAUCGACCACUCCAUUACCCCCGAGCUACUCACCAGCGAGCCAGAGGUCUCGCUACUCCCAGCCCAAUCUCCCCACCCUCAUGAUACCCUACAACAGCGACAACUCCAGGUCGAGUGCAUCUCCAGACAGGAGAUACAGAAUGUCUCAACCAACUCUCAAUUCAAGUUUCUCUGGGUUCAAUUUCGUUGGCUCAAAAUUAUCGUACAACAGCCUACGAACGUCCGGGGAUGUCUCCAUCAAUUAUCAGAUCAAGGAGGACAGACUGUCGACUCCAAACGUCCACUCAUACAUGGAGGCGGUUAAUUUUGGAAGAAAAUUGAGUGGCCAGUACAUCUCACCGUCAAAAUUGUUCUUCGGCCCUACGGGGAAGAGAGAUAGGCUCUCCCAACCGACACUGGUUACUGGUGAUUAUUAUCCAGGUCGAGUUCACCACCAGAGACUGUCCUACCCCUGUCUCAACACGUGGAACGAGCGCCCCACAACCCUCCACUCCCCCAUAAAGCAAAAGCGCUUGGGUCCAUCUAAAGUAAAAGUGAGUCAGCGAGAUCGUCUGUCAGCCCUGGACUUCGGCUCCAAGUACAAGCCAAAAGAGAGCAAAGUGAGGGACAGAUUUUCGAUACCAGAGCUGGAGAGUCAGAACGAGCUCAAGUUGAUCGCCGGCACGCCGAAGCAGAGGUUCAGUCUCGACAGCCAGUUGAACCCAGACGGAACGCGGGCUAGACGACUGCUGCCCUCCCCAAUAUCCGAGCACCAGACGAAGGAAGACAAGACCAUUGCUCCGAGCGACGGUCUAGAGGGGGUCAUAAUUGCGUCGGCAACUCCUCUGCUGCCGUCGUCUGAGCGGCAAUUCCUGGUGCCGAUAUUCCACAGCAAACCGGUCACAGCGCCUCCACCGACUCCAGUGGUGUCACGGGAGCGAAUGUCAGUUCCCGAAAUAAGAAAUUCUAGUUUGCGAAGACUUCUGGAUCCCCCCAGUCGUCAGAGGCACAGCAUCUCAGCGUUUCGCCAGAGUCUCAUGAGCAUUGAAAAAAGCCCGGAGGGGCUCGAGGUCAGGCCGGAGGCGGUCGUAAUCUCCGAGAUUUCCGAGGAAAAAGCCGAGGGAAACGAGAGAAACAAGAGCACGAGCCUGGAGGCCCCUCCCAUCGAGACUGACGAGUCUGCUGAGGUCAAACCGAUGCCUAAACACAUCCAGAAACACUACUCCUACACUUACAAUACCAAAGAGGAAGCCAGACGGGUGAUUGGAAAACUCAUGGCUGGAAAGCCGAGGAAAAAGUAUCUUGAAAGUAAUUUUGAUGAGAAUGAGCAAGUCAUCACGACGGUGAUUGAAACUGAGAUACCGAUGAUUCUGAGCAGUCCCAAGUACAUGAAGAAGACCCACGUCUACUCCAGCGAUCCCCCGAAGUGGAUGAAGAAGUGCCUGGAGGGGGAGAAGAAGAUGGAGGAAACGUUGAGGAUUAAUCAGAGGAAUAAAGCAUCGCCGGGGAAGAAGACAUCCCCUGGGGCGACCUCUCCGGGAAAGAAAAAGAGGAGAGACAGCAAAGAGGAGAGAGAUGUGAAGGAGAAUCCUCAGGUCAAAGACACAACAAUUCGAGUCAAAUCGUCUAGAAAUCUUGGGGAGAAUAAGUACGAGGUCGCUGUGAGCUCCAAUAUCUCAGAAACUGAUAUCUGCAGGCUUUAUGGCAUUGAGUGUGACUCGGACAGUGAAGACUCAACAUCAGUUUAAUUUAAUUUUAUUAAUUUUUCGUUCAUUCUUCACAAGUCUAGGCGAGUAGCAAAAUUUUUUCUUUGUAAAAUAAAGAAAUAACAUUGUUACUCCGGCAUGGCACAAAAAUAACAUUUUUGCGUGUAAUAUUACUCAUUAAAAGUGAUAAAAAUUGUAUAAAAAUACACUUUCCAGAUGAAAGAAGUAUACAACAUCCAUAUAUUAUAUAUUAUAAUAUAAAUUGAGAGAAUAAACAAAUCGGCCAGCGGAUUUUUCAUCAAUCAUUAGUACAAAUUCUCCGUAAAAUGUAUUUUUUAUCACUAAUCACGUAAAUCAGGCCCUAGUUUCAUAUUCCAAUUGUAAUAACAAUUGUAUUUAAGUACACCAUUUUUUUGUACUCCCAAUCAUUUAUAAUAUUAUCAUCUCGAUAUAUAUUUUUUUCAAUUCACCGAAUAUUUUGCCUACCGUUGACGCCAGCAUCAAUUAUACUAACAGACGGUGGUAAUGCGUGAACAAUUUGAUCGCCGUCUUUGAGGAAUGAUGGGACGGAUACGUCUGCUCGCACUUCGACCCUCAAUACUCGACUUUUGUUUCCAACCAUGCAUUUGAAUCGCGUCUCGACAGUCACGUGAAGAUCACUUCCCCUCAGUCUGAAUGAAAAGACAAGAUGUCAAGUUGAUGACCAAAAAAUUGUAAAAAUGUCUGAUUAAUUUUACGUACUGAUAGUAUCUCGUACACAAGACCCCGACGACCUCCCCCACUCUGUUGUCCUUGGCAGUGAUGGAGAAAAUAAAAUCAUUCCCUCUGUUUGAGUGAAUUGUCACCAGCUGAUCAGUACCUGGCGACACACUGAUCCCAGUGAUUUCUGUGAUGGGAAUGCCUUUUUUCAUAGUCUUAAAUUUCGAGCUCUCCAAUUUGUAAAUUGCGUGCUCAGUAAUAACGAGAACACGAUCCGCUUGUUUGUCGAAUCUAGGGGUAAAUAGGAGUGUUGAUUGAAUGUAUGUAUGUAUAUUAAUGUAAUUGAUCGAUAUUUACUUGUUUGUUUUCCUGACAAAGGCACUGAAUAAAACUGUUUUAAAGUGA